UCGAUGUAUGAUGGCGAAUGUCUAUAUUUCCUAAUUAAAUACAUGUUUAACCUUAUUUUGUGAAGAGAUAUCGAGAUGCGUAUGAUUUUACCAGUCAUCGUACUGAAGCAAAUUUUGUAUUGCAUUUGAAAACGUCCAAACGACUGUGUGCUAUCGUAUUUCAAUUCACCACCCCACGCUAGAAAUCAGCUUGUCGCACUUCAUAUCGCAAUUCUGAUGAUAUUUAAUAUCAAGUUUACACAAAAAAUGUUUCGCAAUAAAACUAAUCUUUUUUAUAUGAUGUUUGUUUCAAUUAUUGUCCAGAUUAAUUGAUCUCGAGUCGCUUAGGUAUAUCAUAGCUACGCAAUUUUAUUGAUUGUGAGGCAUACACAAUAACUCUUCAUUACGUGACGACGUACAACGUUUUUCACCUUCAAAUUAUUGUACAAACGUUUUAAUCAAUUUCAAACGAGAUAUCGUUUGUAUUGCAUGAAGCAGGCAUGUGUACGUUUUCGGAUAAAUAUGGCUAAAAUAAUUGUCAAACCAUACAAUUCUUUGUAUGAUGAUCCCAAUUUGGUGAUCAGAGUGGUGAAUCUAGGGUUAAAUGAGAAAAUAACUAUACAAUCAUGUCAGACGAGUGAUAAAGGAAGAGAAUUUCAUGCUUAUGCAUAUUACAUAACUGACGACAAUGGAAAAGUUGAUGUUUCGGUCGAUUCUUCGUUUGGAGGAUAUUACACCGGCGUGGAACCGUUGGGACUAUUAUGGGCAAUGAGAAUAGUUCCGGGACCAAAACAGAAAUUUUCGUCUUUAGUUAAGCAAGAUGCAACCACACCUGCUUUCAUUAUAUAUAAAGUGUAUAGAGGUCACAUUGACAUUGAUCAAAUUGGAAGCAUAAAUACCAGAAAGUGUUUGAUGGCGUCUUCUAAAUUUGAAAGAAAAUUUGCGAAUUCUAACAUUCGUCGGUUCGUUGUAAAAGAAGGUGAUCUCAGAGGUGUUAUAUUUGUUCCUGAACAAAAAGGUUCUUUUAUGGGUGUUAUAGAUUUAGGAGGAGUGAACGGUGGGAUGGUAGAAAUGCGCGCGGCACUACUUUCAAAUUACGGAUUUGUUGUACUGAGCCUAAGUCUCUUUGGCGCUUUCGAUCAGAUAAAAAAAGUUUCUCACGUUGAUUUGGCGUACAUUGAAAGAGGGGUCAAAUAUCUUCUUUGCCACGAGAAAGUUUUUAAAGAUGGGGUCGGGGUGUUGGGAGUUUCAUUUGGAGGAAGCGCUGUAUUGGCUGCAGCAACAUUUGUCAAAGAUAUAAAGUGCGUUGUGAAUAUUAGUGGUCCUCUUUCUGCUUCUGGUUUUACAAAUUUCAAAUAUGGUGAAAAAAUAUGGAUGCCCACGGAAGAAAAGAUUAAUGGACAUCCAGUGAUUGACGGCAUACAGCGUCCAUCGUGCAUGAUACAAACUCCACAAUAUCUAAAAAUUCAUAAGCACUUCCCAGAAUUUCAAAAAUCGGAGGCAUCCAUACUUUUUAUAUACGGCGAAGAUGACAGAUCAGUGAACUGGAAAGAACAGUCAGAACUUGCUAUACAGCUAAUGAAAUCUUCAAACAAGACAAAUUAUGAAAUAAAAUCGUACCCCGGAACUGGCCAUAUGAUCUUUCCCCCAUACGUACCCAUGUUUUCUUUGGCGUAUAUCUUGCCAACGGCCAACUAUCCCACCUACCUCGGUGGUACAUCGAAAGAUCAUGCAUAUGGUCAGGCUAAUGCAUGGAAACACAUUAUCAGCUUUUUGAAAGAACAUGGGAACAAAAUGAGAGAUAACAAUUUCACUCUCGAAUCACGUUUGUGAGUUCUAAACACCGGAGUAAUAAAUAAAUAGUGGAACGUGUGUUUCCGAAUAUAUUUAUACAGCGUACAUUUUUUAAAUUGUUCCAGUAUUUUAUUUAAAAUAUUGAUACAAACGAGCAUGAUGUUGUUAAAAGUCGAAGUUUGAAAAAAUAGACGCAGAGAAAAGGUAUUAUGUGUUUGGCUGACCACCUGUACUAAUAUAUACAGUAUAUGCCUCUUUCUGGAUA